AUGUGGUUCCAUAGAAAUUAUAUGAAGUCUACAGAGUUUACAACAUUUGAACUUGGUUCUGUAACACGUGGUAAUGAUUCCAUAAACGUUUGCAGUGAAGUGAGAAAAAGUCGGAUUGAAUUGUUAGAACGAUUAAAAGACCCGUACAAUCAAAUAGAUAUUGUUAAUGAAUCGCUUGAUAAUUAUCUUUCCUUGUUACAUGGAUUCAUCUAUUCGUUGGAUGAUCAGCAAGAAGAAAGCCAAUUGCGCUACAUUGUUAAUUACAAGUGGUCCAAUUCUGUUUACAACAUUUCAUUUUGCCAGCAGAGUGAUAGCUUAUUUGAAUGUCUAUCUAUGCUCUAUUCUGUGGCAAUAUGGUACUCAAAACAUGCGGCGGCUAUUUCUGUUAAAAGCAAUCUUAAGGAUAACGAUGCAUUGGAAGUUUUCAAAUCGCUGAAAACUGCCGCUGGAAUUUUCCUUUUUGUAAAAAUUACAAAAAGCAAUCUUAAACGAAAUGCAGAACAAUUUUCAGAUUUGGAUGACAAUGUUUUGGAAGCCUAUUAUUUGCAAUGUUUAGGCGAGGCUCAAGAAGUUUCACUGGCAAGAUCUAUAGAAAUGAAACAUAAGCCGGAAUUGAUUGCAUCUCUAUCGUAUGAAACUUCGCAGAUUUUCAAAAAGGCUGUUGAUCUAUUUUCAAACUUGAAUCAUAAACUUUUUUUGAAGUGGAAGUUAUACCUGCAGUUCAAAUGUGACAUAUACAUGGCUGGCGCCUUUAAUUAUUACGGAGAAUUGAAACUCAGUGAAGACUAUUGCGGGGAAGCAAUUAAGUACGCAGAGGAAGGCAAAUCAAAUUACACAAAAGCAGAGCAGCGUGGCAAAUUGUAUUUGUCAACUGAUGGUCCUGGAUUUCAGGCGAAUCUCUUAACAAAUUCAUUUUUUCUAAAACUUGGAUCAACUAUUCAUCGCACACUUGACAAAUGCUUGUUGGAAAACGGGUUGAUCUAUCAUCACAAAAUACCUGCAAAAGUAGAAGAAUUAGACCUAAAAGCCACAUACGGCGUUGUAACAGCUGAUGCAUAUCAGUUACCCAAACCAAAAAUUUGGACAUCAGAUAUUUACAAGUCUUUUCAAGUUAAUUCAAAUAUGAACAUGGAAUCAUCUAAAGAUUCAAAAAAGAAAGAUAAAUGUCCUGCCCCGGUAAACGAAAUUGAAAUAAAAGUGAACUCCAAUGAAGACAAAUAUCUUAGUGGUUGUGUAAUAGCCUAA